AUGGCUUCUCGCGGCGGUCAACGUGCUUCUGGGACUGAUGGUACUGAUUUUCAACAUCGUCAGCGAAUUGCAGCUCACUACCAAGAAAGCGCUCAAUACAAAUUCAUCUUGAAGUGGUUCUUCGUACCACAUUUCCUCAUCCUCAUUUUUAUGUGGGCAAAGGUUGGAAGCGAGGUUCUUCGACGAGAGUUUGGUUGGCGAAGCGCUUUCUUCGAGCGACUUGAUAUGCCUUCUGCGUAUCCUUGGGAAUAUGUUUGGUGUCUGUCUUUCAUACCAAUUAUAUGCGCAAUGUUGUCGUUUUCUAAAAAUAGGGUGAAACUGAUAAACUACCAUUACUAUGGACAUUUUUUAUUUGGAAUUCUUCCAUGUAUGAUUGGUUUGGGAGGUCAACUACCAGAACUUCUGGAUUAUAUGAGUGAUCAAGAGCACAGUAACACUCCCACGUUUAAGGGUGUUUUCCCAAUGGUCAUCAUCUGGUACAUAUUCUUUGCCGUUGCACUUCAAAUUCAUGGCUUUGCAAUGUACUUCUCAUACCAUCUUGCCGCUGCUUGGACGCCUGCUGUUAAGCGAGAUUAG